AUGGUUCGUUAUGGGUUAUUAGUCUUGUCUCCUUCUUGCCUCAGAACUAAAAUACCAGCCCUUCUGAAGCAAGCAUCGAAAGAAGUCAAAGAGGUAUUGUACGUUGACAUUUAUCAACCUGAUUACGUGUGCCUCCAUCUUCGCAAUUUGUACGACCUACUCGUCGAUGUUUACAGCAAAAAUUCCUCGAGAAUUGGCCAUUUGGACGUCCGAUUUCUGCUUCCUUCCGCGUUGGCAAAAACAGACGGUAACCUUGAUGAAGUUAGAUAUCUUGGAAAGAGACCUGAGGUCGCACUUGUGCGAGAUAUUUUCUGUAAAACAGGGCAGUCAAGUUCACAGGUUGGCCUCCUGGAGUUCAAGAAGUGGCUGACCCGACGUUUUCAGUUAUCCGAUUUGGAGAAAAAAGUGAAGUAUUUAAAGGUCGAAGACGAGGCGACGGAUAGUAACUUAAUCAACAAAACUUGUGGGCCAGAAAAUCCACAAAAUGAUGCUUUGCAGACCUACAAUGAGGUCGUUCUUGGGGGAACAUUCGAUCACAUUCACUCUGGCCAUCGAUUACUUCUAGCUGUAGCUUCCUUGCUUUGCGAAGAAAGAAUUACGAUUGGCCUCAGCGAUGGGCCUCUUCUUCAAAGAAAGUUUUUGAAGGAACUAAUCGAGCCUUUCCAAGAGAGGAGGAAGAAAUUGCAAGACUUUUUGAAUGACGUUAAGCCAGGUAUGUCUUUCAUUUCUUUCAUCGUGUUUCAAAUUACAUCACUAAACCAACAUUCAGAUUGGCUGACCAACGUGCUACUUGCAUCUUAUUUCCUCGAGUAAUAGCCGGGGGCGAUUAUAGAUUUUUUCGGACCAAAAGGGAGCGAUCAUUCAAGGAAAGGCGAUUAUUCGAGGCCGAGGCGACUAUUUCAAAUAUUGCUCACUGGAAGUUGUGCCCUAAAUAUUUUGUUUGAUUAUCUCAUUGAAUCAAAAAAUAGUCACAUGAAAUAAACUGAAUAUGGGCUUUUUAACUGGAUGAAGAUAGCGGGAGCGGUGGGGGGCGAUUAAUCGAGGGAGGUGAUUAUUUUAAAAUAAUAUUUCCAUCAAAGGGGGGAGAUUUUGAAGAAGGCAGUAAAUCGAGGGGUGGCUAUUAUUCGAGGAAAUAUGGUAUGAUACAGUCCAGACUACAUUUGCGACCACAUCUCUUAAGUGUCCACCUCCAAGCAACCACCUGUUCAAAACACCAAAAUUUUCCCAGUCAAAGCACUAUAAUUGAAACCUCCCAUAAAAGACCACCUACUGUAAGCAACCACCGCAUGGUCUCAUCUCUAGGUUCACUGAGUGUGCACCAUGCUACUUGGACUACAUCUAUAUGAAGAAUUUUCAGUGGCAACAUGGAAAUACACAUAUUGUAACUUGCAUGAAACUGCAUGACAUUAAUUGCNCAUCAAGAAUAUAAAUCACAAGUAACCAGCUACAAAUACAGGCUAUGCAGCCAUUCACUAGAGCAAUCAAGGCGGCAGUAUAGCUUCUUUUCUCGUUCAGCAAAACCAGCUUGUGGCUUCAAACAACUUCAUAACAAGCGACCGAGGUAAUAGUUUUUCUCUGUUGUUCUUACUUUUAUAACUGCACCAAAAAUCCAAAUUCACAGUAAUUUCGACGGCUGUCACUAAUUCUUUUCCUUCCCAUUAUCUGCCAGGUUUUUUUUAGCUGUUCUGCUUUGUAAAAUCCUAGAAUCCCGAUGAGUUUUUAAAAAACUAAUGUUCACGCUACAAUGUUUUGAUUUUUCAUUCAUGCAGUCCAGGCGAGUCCGUUCGUGCGUUGACAGUUUUGAUAGACGUGUGACAUGUGAAUAGCGGAAGUCCCUUGUCUUUUCCGGUUUGUUCUAGUCGGGUAGAUUCAACGAGAUUUUGUGGGCGUUUUUAAUAAAACAAUUAUUCCACUCACGCUUCUUGGAUGUGAGAUGAUUAUAGCCAACUCGGCGCUACGCGCCUCGUUGGCUAUCUAGCAUCUCAUAUCCAACACGCCCUUGUGGAAUAAUUGUUAAUUAUCUUCUGUACAGAAGACAUGUCUGGACCACUUGGGAGAGACACCCUGUGGUUGGAUUCUUCUAAAUGACCACCUUCAGUAAGUGACCAUUAAGUCUUCGACUUUGGGUGGUUGUUUCUGGAACUUUUGACUGUAGUUCACAGGUAGUAAGUCGAGAAAAGCCUGUUUCUAUGUCUUUGAAUGAUCAAAAUAAUCUCUAUCAUGGUGUGGUUAUACAUCUACAGUGUAUUUACUAUGAUACUCAUAAAACCGUGAAGACCAGAAAUAUAAAUUAUGUAAUGUUAUUGUGUUGAAAGGAAAAAGGCAAUGAGGCGUGUCCUGAAUUUUAUUGUGACUGGUCACCACACAAUCAACACUCCUGAAAAUUUUCAGCUGCUCAUGGGUUUCUGAGUUUCACAGUAACAGUAUCAUUCUUGUAUGUGGCUGGUAUGUUGCAAAGGAUCAUUCAGAUUGAACAGGGUAUUGUCCACUGAUAUCACAAGCCAAGAUCAAUAAUACCUGCAUGCAGCAAAAGUGCUGUUUGAUAUCCUGGAGCAAGCCCUCAUGCUAACAUCUGUUAGUAACUAGCAAUAACCAAAGGUUUUAACAGGAAGUGCAGGGAAGUUUAAGGCUUCUGAUCCAAGGUCAAAACAUUCUUGCUCCAUUACUAGGCCUUUGCAUAAGUUUGAAUGCAAGUGACCAAUGGUAUUAUGAAAGAUAGAAAGUUCAAAUGCAUGUGCAUGAUUCACAUGUUCUCAGCCUGGAGAUUAAAAGGUUUUAGUCCUCCUCUUGUUGCUCGUAAUAAUUUUGCCCAGCAGGUCAAUAAUGUUUUCUUAAGAUAAAGUAAAAAGGAUAGUUGGUAAACCUGUGAUAUUUCUCUUCUUAUAUUUCUUUUUCUCCUCUCUUCUUAAAAAGAAAUAAAAAAAGGCCUGAACACAGGUUAGGGGAUUGCUUUGACUUAGUAAAAUUUCAACAACAACUUACUUAAAGGGCAACCUACUUUUUAUUUUUUGUUUCUUUUAAAGUAUCUAUUGAAAUAAUAAGGAAUGAGAUUUCUUGCAUGGAGCAAUUGGGGACAAGGACUUCACUCAUGUUGGCCCCUCACUGUGGAACUCUAGUUCCUUUAGCUAUCAUGAGUACCUGGAGUCAUCAGGGUUUCAAGCAGGCUCUAAAGACCUUUUUAUUUCAUUUGGCAUUUGCCUAGUGAACCAAUUCAUGUACAGUCAUUGCAGUGUUUUAUUUUUAUUUUCUCUAAGUGUACUGUUUGUUAUGUAUUAGUGUUUGUCAGCUUUUAUCAGUGCCUUAGAAUAUGUGUAUAGUUUAAAUACUAUAUAAAAUAAUAAAUAUCAUUAUUAAAUAUGAAUAUUAUUAUUAAUAUUAUUGUUAUUGUUUAAAAUUACACCAUCUCAUAUUAUCAGAACCCCUGUUUAUCAAUGGUUUGCAUUUUUAGGCCUUAAACAGGACAUCAUGAUACUCAAGGACCCUGUGGGGCCAGCAGGAACAGUUCCAGAGUACCAGUGCUUAAUUGUCAGUAAGGAAACAGAGAAGGGAGGGUUCUUUGUUAAUGAUGUCAGAGAGAAAAAAGGCUUAGAUCUGCUGGAUGUACAUGUUGUUGAUGUAGUCGUGGACAACAGUAUUGAAGUUCUAAAAGGAAAACGCCAUCAAGGGGAAGAAAAGAUGAGCUCCUCUAUGGAACGUCAAAAACUCUUAGGAACACUUUUAAAACCUGUUGUCAGAAAAGAGAAAGGAAAUAAUCAGCCAUAUGUCAUCGGUCUAACUGGAGGGAUUGCGAGCGGAAAAUCUGCAGUCUGUCAGAGACUGAAAGAUCUAGGUGCUGCGAUAAUAAGCUGCGACCAGCUUGGACACCAAGCUUAUACACCUGGAAAAAAGGCUUACAAGGAAAUAAUUGAUAAUUUUGGAUCAAGCAUUCUCACCCCUGAACAAACCAUAAACAGAAGAGCGCUUGGUGCAAUUGUGUUUGCCGACAAGGCAAAGUUAGCAUUGCUUAAUCAAAUAGUGUGGCCUGAGAUAUUGAUGCAGGCUAAAACAGAAAUUGCUCGUUAUGGAAAAGAAGGCUUUAAUGUUUGUGUCCUGGAUGCCGCAGUUCUCUUGGAAGCUGGCUGGGACAAGGAAACUGAUGAAGUUUGGGUUACAUUUGUCCCCGAAAGUGAAGCAGUCUCACGGAUUCUCGACAGAGAUGGUAUCUCUGAAGAACAAGCAAUGAACAGAAUUAAGUCACAAAUAGGCAACGAGGAAAGAAUUAGGGAAGCAAAUGUUGCCAUUUGCACCUUGUGGGAGCCAGAAUUCACGCAAAAACAGGUUGUGAAAGCAUGGAAUAAUUUACAAGGAAGACUGUUAUGA